AAAAACCCAAUUUAUCCCGCGUGAAUGACACCGUCGGUGUCCAAAGAAACAACUGUAAAAACAUAUUUAUGUGUAAUUUUUGUGAUUUGGCCAGAUCCAGCUGCCACUCGCAUUUCACUGCCUCUGCUUUGUUGGAUGCCAACAUUUUAGAUCUGAUAGCUUGACGCCAUUGUGAGAAAAUGGGCGACAAAUCAAAGUCCAGGGGCUGCUUCGGGUGGUUCUUGGUAAUAGUCAUAUUAGCUCUGGUUGUCGGCGCUAUUGUUUACACAUUAAAGAAGAAAACUAGCCACUCCAGUAAGCCAGCUCCGGUUCCCGGUCCCCCCGGCGCCGUUGAAAAGAAGUAUGCCGAGGCACUUCAAACUGCAAUGCAGUUCUUCGAUGUACAAAAAUCUGGUAAGUUAGAAAAUAACAAAAUAUCGUGGAGAGGAGAUUCAGCACUCAAUGACGGAAGUGAAGCACGUUUGGAUCUCUCGAAAGGCAUGUACGAUGCUGGAGAUCACAUGAAGUUUGGAUUUCCAAUGGCUUUUACCGCUACAGUAUUGUCAUGGACCAUCCUUGAGUAUGGAGAUCAGAUGGAGGCUGUAGAUCAGUUGAAAUCUGCCCAAGAUUCUCUAAAGUGGAUCACUGACUACCUUAUCAAUGCUCAUCCUUCUGCUAACGUGCUUUAUGUUCAGGUAGGUGAUCCUGAUAAAGACCAUAAAUGUUGGGAGAGGCCUGAGUCCAUGACCGAGAAGAGGCCACUCACUCAGGUUAACACAUCUUCUCCUGGAUCAGAUGUUGCAGCUGAAACUGCAGCAGCCAUGGCUUCAGCAUCUCUGGUGUUCAAGGGUGACUCAACAUAUUCAAGCACACUUCUGAGGCAUGCUAAAGAGUUGUUUACUUUUGCUGACAAAUAUAGAGGUUCUUACAGUGACAGCAUUCGCCAAGUCCAAAAUUAUUACAAUUCAACAGGAUAUGGAGAUGAGCUUUUAUGGGCAGCUAGCUGGCUCUACCAUGCAACAGGGGACAAAUCCUACCUCCGAUACGUGACUGGGCAGAAUGGAAAAGAUUUUGCUGAUUGGGAAAGUCCAACCUGGUUUAGUUGGGAUAACAAGCUUGCAGGAGUGCAGGUUUUAUUAUCCAGAUUGAGCUUCUUUCAGGCCAAGGACACCUCAGAUAAUUCUGGCCUUCAAAUGUACAGGAAAACAGCUGAUGCUGUUAUGUGCGGUCUUCUACCAAAAUCUCCAACGGCCACAACCAGCAGAACAGAUGGUGGACUUAUAUGGAUCAGUCAAUGGAACUCUCUGCAGCAUCCCGUUGCUUCUGCAUUUUUAGCUUCGCUAUACAGUGAUUACAUGCUAACAUCACAAACUGCAGAGCUAACCUGUAGCGGACAUUCUUUCAAGCCAUCAGAUCUUCGGGACUUUGCCAAAGAUCAGGCUGAUUAUGUUUUGGGUGACAAUCAUAUGAAGAUGAGCUAUCUUGUGGGCUAUGGAAACAAAUUCCCACAGUAUGUGCACCAUAGGGGAGCAUCCAUCCCAGUUGAUGCAACAACUGGCUGUACUGAUGGCUUCCAGUGGCUUGAGUCAACAAAACCAAAUCCAAAUGUAGCAGUUGGUGGACUUGUGGGUGGGCCCUUCCUAAAUGAAACAUAUAUUGAUUCCCGGAACAACUCCAUGCAAGGAGAACCUAGCACCUAUAACGGUGCUUUAAUUGUUGGGCUACUAUCAAGUCUAGUCACCACCUCUUCCGCAGUUCAGUCCUUAAAUACAUAAGACAUUGUUUUGUAAGAUUGUUUUACCUGUAACAGUACCACUACCAGUACCACGCUGGAAUGUGUAUGUUUAAAAAAAAAAAAAUCUGUUUUUUAGGUUUGGCUUUUACUUAUAGGUAUAGGUUGAAGGUUAAGCAUGUUGAGCCUUUAUAUGAUGUGGUUAGGGUGUGUUAAACACUUCAUAUGAGCACAAGCGAUUGAAGCUAUUUGCAGCUAAAGGUUGCGUUCUAUCUUCAAUUGCCAUAAGUCAUUAUUCAGGUAUUAGCCUUUAUAUGUAACACUUUCAAAUAUUUUGUUCCAAAUUGCUUGCAGAAUUGAAGUGAAUAACUUUACACUCA